AUGCCGGUUGCCGAGAGAGCCUUGAAGACCCUGAAGUGUGUCAACCCUCGAGGAGACGAAGUCGAUGUCCUUCUUCUCAAGUGGCCCGCAGACAGCGAUGCGUGGGCGAUCUGCUUGCCUUGUCGAGUCAGCAGCACAGGAAUUAUCCUGGCUGUGCCGGGAGAUGCCAUUCCAGAGGAGGAUCUGGAAAGGGGCCAACAGGCCGCAGCCGACGACCUGAUGGGCCCAAAUGCUCAGGUUACAGUCAGUCUGCAGGAAAACUCCGAUCAGAUCAUCGAGGUGCAGUUGGUAGAGUUCACUCUGGAUGUCAGACACAGCCUGGAAAGAAGGGCGCCUCGCAGCCGUCGCCAGCACAAAAGGUUUGCGGACAGCCAGGACCUCCCCAACUUUGCGGAGCUCGACGAUGCGGUGGAAGGCUGGGUAAUGAGCGGGUCACUUCGAGACACGGGAUGGCAAACCGCCCAAGAAGCUCCAGUGCCGGAGCCUCAGGGCUUAGACCAAGUGCUCACUGCUUUGGCAAAACUGGAAAGCCGCAUGGACCAGCUGCAGAGAAAAGUAGACAGCAAACCUUCCAAUCUUCACCAAAGCACAGUUGCAAAGGACAAGCCUGGGAAGAAGGUGGUCGAAAAGUCAGAAGAAAAAGAUUGGGCCGACAUUUUGAAGGCUUUGAAAGAAGAGGUUGGGCCUCGUCCCAGCAAAGUCUUAGACGAACCUGCAGCUCGCGCCACAGCGCAGGAGCUAGUCAGCUUGGUGGAAGAAGAGAUGGCUGCGUCGUCUUCAACGCCUUCUGUGGACGACAUGAUGAAGCUCAGUAUGUUGAAGCUACUCAAGGACCUUCAGGGAAAGACAAGCAAGAAGAGCAAAAAGUUGCCGGGCUUGAUAGGGGGCAUCGGCAGUUCCUCAGAAGAAGAAGGAGGAGAGACUUGGUCCUCCACCAGCCGAGGAGGCAAAGCCAUCGAGGCGGUGGAAAAGCUUCGAGCGGCCAUGAAGCAAAACCCUGGAGCCUAUUUGGAGAGAAUGGAGAUGCGAAUGCAGCGUGCUGUAGGAGCAGAGGAGAUGGGUCCCACCAUCCCCGAAAAGUUCACCCAGUCAGUCCCGGUUGGGCGAUCUCGAACUGCCGGGUAUGCUCUGACAGGCUUUGCGACCAUUCACAAGCUGAUGUUGGAAGGAAAGGCUCGACAAGCCCGCCUUCACACUGUACGCAUGAUGGCAGCCAUGGAACAGUUUUUGUUGGACGAAAGCUGGGGAGUGGCAAGCCGCCUGACAGGUGUGGAAGAGCCGCCGUGGGCCCAUUGGGCCAGUCAAGACCUUCCCUCAAUCCGAAAGCAGUACAUCUACACGCGACUGAUGGACGCGACAUGGAUUGGAGCGAUCAUCAACGAGCUGAAGGAAGAAGAAUGGACGAUCCCGGAGAAGGGCAGCCAGGUGUCAAACUUUGACCCAAGGCCUUAUUUGUCAGAAAAGUUUCGGGAGAUUUAUGAGAACCCCGAUGUGAUCCUCAAAGUGGAAGGCAUCGCAGGGCUCAUUGGACCAGCCCGGAACAAACUGCUCAAGCUGGCUCAACUUUCGGUCUUGAUGACUGAAGCGGGGCCAGUGGAUGAAAAAAUGAUUGAGGUGGGGGAAAUGGUGUCGGAAGAGGUCUGGCGUCGAGGAGACAAGGUUUGCUUUGUGCGGGGGAUGGAGAUCGGAACACUUCUCAUUUUUGUCAACGCGUUGACUCAACUUUGGCCCCGCGCCAACGGCGGAAGCGGAAAGGAGGCUUUGAUUCAGCUAGAUGAGUUGCAGGGCUUGCCACGGGCCUACAACCGCUGGUUUCUUCUGGCUGGUUCUUUGUUGUUGCGGAAUGGUGAGCGGAGCUCCCAGACCUCCUCAGAUGCAGGUCGUGUGACGGCCCGUACUCAGAGCAUCCGACAGGACCUGCUUACCAAACUGGAGGUUUGGUUGGCAACUCAACUGCCCGAGGUUACUUUGGAGGAUUUGGCUCGGCAUCACAUCGAUGUUUUGUCCGAGUGGCUCGAAGAAUAUAUGGUCACCUUAUAUCUGGAUGGUCAGAGCCGCAGGUCAGCAGCCGAGACUCUGAAUGUGGUGGUCCAAAAGUUUGGUUGGCUCAGAUCCUCUCUUGCCGCGCCUUGGAGCGUACUCAAGACAUGGGACAUGUUGGAGCCAGUCACUCAUCACCCGCCUAUGCCGGUGCAAGUGCUCUAUGCUCUUGCGGGUACUGCCAUGGCAUGGCAGUGGCCGCACUUUGCGGCGUUGCUGGUACUGGGCUUUUUUGGAUUAUUGAGACCCUCAGAGCUUAUAGGUUUGCGACGACAAGAUCUGUCUCUCCCGCAAGACCAUUGGGGCGACAAUGUGAUCUACAUUCGAGUUUCCCAGCCGAAAACUCGUUUUCGGGCAGCUGCGGCGCAACAUGUGCGCCUCGACGAGGCCGGCAUCGCCGGCUGGGUGCAGACGAUCUUCGGCUCGAUGCCGAUGUGGCGGAAGCUUUGGUGCGGCUCUGUGGCUUCUUUCAAAACCAGGCUGGACUUGGUGCAGCGUGAAGUGCUGACUACGGUCGCGUUUUUGCCAAGCUCACUGAGGCCCGGUGGCGCCACCUACCUGUUUCGUCUGUGGUCAGAAGACCUGAUUCGUGUUCAGUGGCGAGGUCGCUGGAAAUCCUUUCGUAUGCUCGAGACUUAUGUACAGGAAUUAGGUGCUGCUGAGAUCUGGAUUCGUUUUCCUGUAAAAACACGAAAUCGCGUCAAGGCGGGACGGACGAAGCCAGCGAUGGACGGAUUGGUGAUGGAUGAGGACACUUCUUUCAGUUGUUAUUUCUGGUCCGAGAAAGAAGGGACGGACGCUCAUGAGCAUGACGCCUAG